CUGCCCCCUCCCUCAUCAGCACCAGCAUCAUCAGAAGCGCGCAGAUCACGCCAAACAGCGCUGGUUCAUCAGCAGGUGUGUGACUGAAACACAAAUAAUCGAGAUCAAUACAUCACCACCUAUGUGCGUUCUUUAUAUCUGACUCCUAUUUCUUUGGAUCAGCGUUUGGACCGUUUUAAUGGUUUGAUUCCCAUCGGGCGUCAGUAGUCAGUGUAGCCGAAAACGAGAGAGAAUAAAGCGAGAUCAUAUUUAAUAUCCGCUUCUCCAGCGUCUGUGGAUGGGCUGCGGACAUCUGCAUCUGCAGUCUCUGUUUUUGAGUCACUGAGAAGAUGGCGGACAGGGCUGAGAUGUUUUCUCUCUCCACCUUCCACUCCCUCUCUCCUCCGGGAUGCAGGCCGGCUCAUGACAUCAGUCUGGAGGAGUUUGAUGAUGAAGAUUUGUCUGAAAUCACAGAUGAUUGUGGCAUAGGCCUCAACUAUGACUCUGACCCUUACGAAAAGGACUGCUUAAUUCUAGAAAAGAAUGAUUUCCACCACCCAGUGUCCUCAUUCCAAGAUGACUUCCAAGAGUUUGAGAUGAUCGAUGAUGAAGAUGAUGAAGAAGAGGAUGCAGAUCCUGAUGCCCCUCCCUCACCAUCAGCAUCUCCUCCCCCCUCCCCUACACUGGGCACCCUGAAAAGCCGCCCAACCACUCUAAACCUGACUGCUUCCCAGGACUCCUUGAACAACAACAGCAAUAUGUCUUCACGAAAGUCAAGCUGGCAGGAUUCUCUUCGAAACCCAACUUCACAGGGUUGCUUGUCUCCAAAUCACUCUUGCCUUGAGGAUGGUUCCCAUGCAACUACCACUUGCUCAGGGGCUCCAGACACCACCGGCUCUGCCAAUGGUACACCCUCAAAUCCACCAGGACAUUGUGGUCUUCAUCAGUCACCUGGUAGGCCGCUGCUGUAUGACUUUGAGGGCAACAGAAAAGAACGACCUGAAUAUGGCUCCUUUGGUCAACAUAACUCGUCAAGCGGGUCUGAGGCAACUGAGGUGAAAGCUGAUGUUGAGGAAUCCACUCUAAGCGAACUUGUUCCCACAGUGGAAGACUGCACUUCUCAGUGCUCUGAUACCGAGGUGGACCACGACCUGAAUGGUCAUACCAAACAUCGACUUUGCCACUCUCGACCCAGUGACACUUAUACCGUGACUACAGAGACUGCUUAUGACCCAGAGCUGGAAAACGAUGGCACCAGUAGGUGUCUGUCCUCAACCGCACCUCUUGGUAAUGAUGCUGAGACUCCGCUAUCAGAUGAGGAGCUGGACAAAGAGUUUGACAUUGACUUCAUAAGUAAGGAUACCUAUGAUCAAACCUGCAAGGAAGAUGAGGCGUCGUCUUAUGUUGAGUUCCCCUGCAUUGAACCAGCUGAGUGCAUUUCUGUCUCGAGCUACAUGUCAUCCAGUCGAUCAGAUGUCCUUGAUGCUAUGGACGAACCUCGAAACAUGCAUCAGGGUCAACCUGCUGCAAAUGACACAACUUCUCCUUCAUCUGAUCCUGGUAUCGCUGAUAUGAAUACCAAACGCUAUGCGGAGUCAGACCGCCACAGCGAUGACCUUAGCUCUCCUGGAUCAGACUCUGAUAUUGAAGGGGAACUUGAGGCUGCAUUUGCAUGUGGUCCGCUUGCUAGUAACAUGAUUUCUUCCAUCUCAGAGACAGAGCUGGACCUGACCAGUGAAUCCAGCAGCGGGCGCUCUUCACACCUCACCAAUUCCAUUGAAGAAGCAAGCUCCCCAACCUCAGACCAAGAACUGGACCAGGAGCUGGACCCUGAACAGGACAGCGGUAUUAUAGGUCUAAAAGCUUCUCUUCUUCUGGUCCAAUCUGAGCCAGUUAAACAAGAACCUUCACCAGGUCUAGACCCCAGCCCAGGUAUGUUACAACUAGAUGAUGGCCAAGCUUUGAUGGGCCUGCAGAAUGUAGAUGACGAACAGGGUUAUGAGCACCAGGCCGAUCCAGAUGAGACUCUUCCCCCUGCCAUCCCCUGCGAGGAUAGUGGCUCCCAGCAGCUGUUGUUGAAGAUUGAGCCUGACCACAGUCUUGAGAGCUUCAAACGCUCCUUCUAUUUGCCGGUUGGCCCCAAACUCAUGCCCUCUGUGGACGACUAUGAUGGUAACAGUGAGGGAGAGUCCGAUUCAGAGUCUGAGGACGAGCUCAGUGAAAACUCUGAUUCUCCUUGGCUUCUCAGCAACCUGGUGAACAGGAUGAUCUCAGAAGGCUCCUACCCAAUCAGCUGCCCAGAAGAGUGCCUCAAACGCUCAGCCUCGAUCUCUGACACCAUCUCACCCUCGUCAGACUUGGAAAUAGAUACAUUCACUGAGACGGAUGGCUGCAAUUCACAAGAGCAGAAACUGGAAGAAAAGUCACAGAAGGUGACCUCUGAAAAGUUAGAGAAGAGACUGCAUGAGGAGAAGGAGAGAGAAGCCAGCUAUUUAUCUGAAGAGGGACAGAAGGAAAGCAAGAGAAUGGACACUUGUCUGUACAUGAGCAGCCCCACAUAUGGCAACGCUUCACCCGUCUUUACAGAGAGAUUUGAUAUGGGGAUAAAGAAUUAUGAAUCGGAGCACUUCCCAUCCCAGAACUCAUUAAAAAACAAGCAGAAAGAAGAAGAGGAGGAGGAGCCAAAUAAUGACUUGGUGAUGGAGAGAAUGAAGGAGCUGGAGUCUCCCAGCUUGAGCGAGAGCAUAAUCAGCGACAAAGAUGAGGGACGGGAGAUACGGGUCGAUCAAAUCACUCUGCAGCGAAUCACUGAAGUCAAAAACAGCCUUACGCUGGACCUUCCAACAGCACAGACCAAUCACUGUUUCAGUCUUACCUACUCAACAGAUAAUGAUGAAGAUGAGCAAGAUACCUCCCCUUUCUUGGAGGAUCUUCAAAAGGUACCUUCACCCUACGAAAACGAGACUUACUUGGACAGCUCCCCACCUAUUGACGAGAGUGUGUUGAGGAACACAACCUCCAACCGGCCCAUCGAUGACUCCUUGGCAUACGAUUCAAUGAAGUACACCCUUGUGGUGGACGAAAACACAACGCUUGAGCUGGUGAGCCUGAAGCGCUGUACCUCUGUUCUUAGUGAGGACAGUGAUGGACUCUCUACUAUUUGUGAUGAGGAAGUUGUUGAUGAAGAUGAAGAUAUUUACGGCCAGGGCCAGAUGGAAAGAGGCAUGAGACCUGAUUUGCUAUUAAGCUCCUCUGAAGAAGAUUCCUCCCCUGAGGCGGAUUUACCUUUCUCAAAGAAGUUCCUCAAUGUGUUUGUCAACAGGGCGUCACGGUCCUCCAGCACGGAGUCCUUUGGGCUUUUCUCGUGCACUAUAAAUGGAGAAGAAAGAGAUCAGACUCACAGAGCGGUCUUCAGGUUCAUCCCACGGCAUGCAGAUGAGCUGGAGUUAGACGUUGAUGAUCCAUUAUUCGUUGAGGAAGAGGAGGAUGAUUACUGGUACCGUGGGUACAACAUGCGCACAGGGGCCAGAGGGAUUUUCCCAGCAUACUAUGCCCACGAGGUUGUUGGCCAAACCAAAGAUCUGAUGACAAUGAAGAGGAACCCUGCUUGGAUGGAAAGCUUCCGAGUGCAGUUCCUGGGUUCGGUGGAAGUUCCUUAUCACCAAGGCAACGGCAUCCUGUGCGCUGCCAUGCAGAAGAUCGCUAUGGCAAGGAAGAGGACGGUGCAUCUUCAUCCCCCAUCUAUUUGUGAGCUGGAAAUAAGCCUGCAGGGUGUGAAACUAGUCAUGAGUUUGGAUGAUGAAUAUGACUUUUCAGGGGAGUUUGACAGAUGUAGUCACUUUUUCCAAAUGAAAAACAUCUCCUUUUGUGGAUGUCAUCCUAAAAACAACUGUUAUUUUGGUUUCAUCACCAAGCACCCGAUGCUGAACAGGUUUGCAUGUCACGUCUUCGUCUCUCAGGACUCCAUGAGACAUGUAGCUGAGUGUGUGGGACGGGCGUUCCAGGAGUACUACCAAGAGCACUUAGAAUACGCCUGUCCUACCGAAGAUAUCUACCUUGAGUAAAAGAUGAAAAGGGUAACCAUGGCGACUGCUGUCCCUCUCGACAGGUGUCUGUUCCUGGGCUUGGCCACUACGAGGCGCCUGGGAGCCUCCUCAAAUGUAACAUAGGCCUCAUCUCUUUAUUCUCUUCCUCAGUUUCUUAUGUUCUCUCGACACGAACUGAGUUGAAUACUCUACAUAGGCUCUUAGUGGUCUGUUUAUUUGAUUGGUCAUCAGUUCAUUUAUUCUCUUCAUUGAGAUGGAUUGCUUGUUUAACUUUUCUACUAUAUAAUUAGGGACAUGGUUUUGGGUUGGAUACAUCACUUCAGUUUCUUUUUUCUUUAUAUAUAUAUAGUCCUGGUGUAGAAAAGGCAAAAUAUGACUUUACUUGUUUGAUUGCAUGGCUUUGAGGGUUAUGCUCACAAACACACACAAUGUCUAAAAGAGAAAGGCGAUCAUAGGUUUGAAUCUGAAGACCAGGAGUGUUUGUAAAUAUGUAUUUGUCUGAUUCUGAUACAUUGCUGUACUGGGUUUGUACUAAAAAAGACAAGGCAGCAGGACGUGACCUGGAGUCGUUGAUAGGUCUACAGAUUGUCUGUUCCGAUGUAGUAGAAGGUUUCUGAUUUUACCCUGAUGUAAAUACUGUACAAAUAGGGAUGACUGUAGGUGAAAACAGAUGCUUCAUUACAUCAUGGUAUGCAAGUAUCCUGCGCCAUCUGUCUGAGAAUGAGAAAGAGGGACGGAUUGCAGGUCGGCAGGCUGGGUACAGUAGAUGAAUCUAAAGAUGGUUUGGUGAAUCUCAUCAAGUCAUAUCUGGAAAAUACCUGACCCCAAAAUCCCAAAGAUGAAGGCUUUUUGCAACUGUGACAUUAUUUUCAUAUCAAUUUUUAACACCCACAAUUACUGUAAUGCAUCCAGAUAUUUCAGUCUGUGCAUAGUUUUUUACAAUUAUUAUUUAUUUGCAAUGCCAUUGUGACAUUAGCAUCACAGUUAAACACCCACAAUUACAGUAGUGCAUCCAGAUGUUUUAGUUUUGGGUCUAUUUAUAGUUUUAGUUGAUUUUCAUUACUGAUUCUCAGGAAAACGGUAAUAAAAAUCAUCCUGUCAAUAUUUACAUUUUUAAUCAGCAUGCAAUUAAGGCUGUGAUACAAAAUUUACCAUUAAAUAUAAAUAAUUUACAAGGAUUUUAUCAUUAAACUCAAUAUUUAUUCAUAUGAUAAUGAUUAUAUUUUUAUUAUAAUCGUUAUUAAUACAAAUAAUAAACAAAAGCAAAAUUAUAUGUUUUUAUUUAGCUGUAUUGGAUAAGAUGAUCAAAUGUGCUUAAGUGUUAUAAUUUACAGCAAUUAUGUAAUUGAAUUUUUAUCAAUAAUAAUGGUCACGUUGUUGUUAGUAUUUUAUUUUUUAUUUUUUUAGCAUUACAGUAAUAAAGGGUGAGGUCAGGAAAUGUGCUUACUUGUUAUGAAACAAUCAUAAUAUAGACUUUAUUUUCUUCAUGCACAUUAAAUAGAUUUUUAAAUAUUUCAUUUGGGGUAAAAUGUUACUGAGAUAUGGACUUUAUAUGAUUCAUUCAUGAUUCAGUUGGCUAUGCUAUAGUUCAGUCCCUUGGGCGUUCAGUCAAAUAAUAUUUCUCCAGCUCUCAGACCUUGUUAGAUUGUCAGGUUGGACUGACACUUUCAGCUUUUAAGCCUGAUCUCGCUCACCUCAUGCUCUGAACAUUUGCAGGCAGAAACUUCAGAGCGAUAUGAUGCUUCUAGACAGUGAGGAAAAUGAAAAGUCCCCAUUCACUCGGAAACCCACUGAAUGCAAGAAUGUUUUACCAGUGGAAUGGAUAAUUUAAUUCAGUAAUCUGCAGGACAAAUAUUGCUUCAUAUUACACCUAUAAAGAAUAAAAUACCCUAAUUCUGUCCUGUGAAGCAGAUGUAUGUAGGUGCCAUGUGAUUAUAUAAUAAGCUCUUGAUUGGUAGACGUUCAGCUCUCUGACUAGCCCUUGUCCUGACCUUGACCGGCGCUGCCGAGACUGAACAGAGCAGAUCUCCUUGCUGGCUUCAUACAAUAAUCAUCACGUACCUCAUUCAGUCUGAUGAAUGCAAUUCAGGGCCAUGCAACAGCUCACGAUCAUGAUGCAAAGACAUUCAGGUAAUACUACAGGAAAAUGCAUGUCUUUUUUUUUUUUAUAAAACUGGCUAAUGACAUGGAUGGUUCAGAUUUAUGAAGAGAUGGCAUAUUUAAAUUUACAGUUUAUCAGUCGGUCGAAAUAAUAAAUGUCAUGUGCUUGAGGGAUUUACUAUUCUGUUCUUUCUGCUCUUUUAUAUUGCACAUUUUGACAAGACAUCUGACUUUUUCAUACACACUGCACUGCGGUAUACAUAGUAUGGUAGUAUGCUAUUUUGAACGCAGCCCAACGUUCCCUGCACACGACUGUAUCCUCCAGCAGCCUGCAAUCUGUUUCCAUGGUUACCCGCUCAUUUAUGACGGUGACACUCUCACGGAAAGGAGAUUUGUGUUUGAAAUGUGUCUUGUUUUCGGUUCGAUUGCUGUAAAUAUUCUAGAGUCAGGAUCGCCAUGCUGUGUCCUUUCUGUUGAGUAUGUUAUUGAGAUAAAUAUGUACAUUUAAAAGAAAUACUAAUGUUGAUGAUAACAAUCUCACAACCAAAAGCCAACUGUGAUGGGGUGAAAAGAUAUAAAUAGCUUUGAAUUAGUAUUUGUAUCCUUCCUUUAUCUGCUUCUCAUUGGUAUACAUCUGUUGUUGGAUGUGUGGUCAGUCACCAUGUGUGGAAUAACAUGCAAUCGCUGACGUUCUAACAAUCAGACCUUCACUCACAAACAGACACGCAUCCAAUGCUCAAGAGUCAAUCAGCAAUUGUGUCUCAUUUAUGAGCAAUCAUUUAUAUCAAUCAGAGCUCUAAAUCCUCAGUUAUGACUGUUACAUGACAUUUUAUUCCGUGUUCAUAAGGUAAAUGGAUAUCUUGAAUAUUUUAGCCUUCAAUUUAGCAAUUUGUAGUGAAAAAUUGGCUGUGAAACCCCUAACACAUUCAGGCAGAGCAUCUAAUACUUCUUGAUCACUUAAGCUUGGGUAGCUGAAAUACAAAGUUCUGGACUUAAACGUACAUAAUUCAGUCCUUCACUGUAUCCUUCAACAGAAACAGCUUCAGUAUGACAAAACUAUGUAUCUUGUAUGUUUAAAAAUGACAACUUGUAAAGAAAAAAACAAAACAAAAAAAAUCUCACUGCCUUGUCUUGGAUUUGGUCUUCUGAAUAAAAUAUUAUAUGCUUGAUGUCUCCAAA